UGUUAUGCUCUGGAUACACUCACCUCUCAGAAGGAACCAGUUGGCUAUGUCAUUUUAGACUUAAGAACAGCACAACAAAAACCAGCGGUAAGUUAGUUAAGGAAUUUGUAAUUAUUUUGCAUACAUGCAUGAGGUGCAACUGUACAUGAACAAGCUCUGUAGGAUAUGCAUUUCAACGUGAAAUGUUAAAAAUAAACAAUGAAGAUUAAUAAUGCUUCACAUACCCUAGGAGUUCCCCAUGCUUACAUGUGUACAGCUAUAAAGACAGAGUUAAAGAUAGACACUGUCUUGUAACUUGAGUUUCGUGCAUUAGGUGAUCAUCAGUAAAAGUACUGUAAGGCAGAUUUCAGUUUUAAAUGUCAAGUUUAAAUUUAAGGAUGGUUAGCUGAGAGGUGCUUCUUCUGAUUGGCUGUGCACACAGAUUAUUUGUUUUCACAUUGGCACUUAGUGACAAGUUCAGACUUCUUGUUUAAAAGUGAAAUGUCACAGGCAGAUAUAAUACAGAGUUUUUGUUAAAUAAAAUGAAUAUUUCGCUAGAAAAAAUACCUACAGUCUGCUAAGAGUACUCAAAUCCAUUAUUUCAAGGACAUAAAUCCAAACAGUGGAACCUUCCUGAAGCAACCACCCAAAAUACAAAGAUUUAGUUGUUGCUUAUGGGAGGUGUCAUGUACAGAGAAUGUAUGAGAAUUGAAUAUCGGGGGUUCUCUUCUGACCGGCCCCAACACACUACUUUUUGAAUCGUAGUUUUGGAUGCAGUUUCUAAUUUAUGGUAUGUCUGGUUUCAAAUCGCCAAUGAAAGUUCUUCUUAUAGUUUGAGUGGCAUAUGUAUAGUACAUUUGGUGAACAAAGAGAUAAACCAUUGAUGUUUGGAUCUGUGGUCGCUCAUUGGAUGUGGUCACUUAUGAGAUGAGAUGAAAUUGCAUAUGGAGGUUCAACUGUAUUUUUUUUUUAAAACCAGUGGACAAUGAUACCAAAGAAGUUCCAUUUGACAGUUCAUUUCCACAUUCGUAUGUGUACAGCUGUAGGUUUAUAGCUUGGUCCAGGUAGUUUGAAAUUCUGCUCUUAAUUGUAUGGGACAUCUCUUCAGUGCCAUAUGUCUUUACCUCUCUUCUUUGUUGUGUAUUUUUAAUCUUUUCAGUAAAAGCAAUGGUCUUCUACUAUUUUUAAUAUGACAGUGCUCAUUCCUUGUCAGUCUUUAUGGCAAGUGUCAGGCAAAAAGGUUCCACCUUCUUCCUAGGCUCCUCUCCUACUUGUCCUCUAAGUCCCUGGCAAGAAGGUAGAAAAAGGGUAACAUUUUGAUCUCCAUAACACGGUUGCCCUUGUUGCAGAGAGCCCAGUGGCAUUCGCUUUUAAGUACAAAGUACACUCGCUUGAAGCCAGAGUUAAAGCUGAUGCUGUCUUUAGAAGAUGAUACUCAACCAUCUCAAUCUCCUGCUGGCAAACAACAACAAGCAGAUGAAGGUAAGUAAAAAUUCCUGAGGUGUUUGCUACAAACAUCAUGUAAUUGUUCUGUAACUAUUACCGGUAAUGUCAGUUUCCAGAUUUUCCAUCCCUUUCUGGCUAUGAACAAUUUGCUGUGUGAUUUGAGCCAAUCAGAAACAAAUAUUUUUAAUGAAUAUAAAUGCGUACUUUAAAUAAAAUACCGUAAAAUUCCGAAAAUAAGCCCUGAGGCUUAUAUUUUUCAAAGGCCCUUUUUGAGGGGCUUAUUUUUGGAGGGGCUUAUCUGCGGAGGGAAAUUUGCGUUUCAAAAUCGAUUGGACUAGCCUUAUAGUUGGAAGUAAAUUUACCGUUUUUGCUUUGUUUUACUUUGUAUUUGAGGGCAAUUUUCCAAGUACAAGCCCCUGGGGGCUUAUAUUUGGAGGGGCGAUUUAACGGAGGGUUUUUUGAGUUACUGGAUUGGGGGGCUUAUAUUAGGGGGGCUUAUUUUCGGAAUUUUACAGUAUUGGUGUAGAACUUUACAAGUGCAAUAAUAAAAUUUUGGUCUUCUCCAUUUGUUGUUUCUAAAGGGAGACAGUCCAGACCUUCAUCAAGACCCCAAACAAUACAGUUUACACUGAAUGAGGAACAGGGAUAUUAUGAAAUUGGACCACAACAAGAUGGCAAUCAGAUAUUUGUUUUGUCUGUCACCAUAGGACUUGCUUCAAACUUAGCAAAGGUGCAGUAUAUAUGGUAUCAUGUCUUUCUAUUCUUCAGUUCCCUAUAAUUUUUUAAAGGAAAUCUAAGCAAUGUUUGAACUUGGCAAAGAUAGCAUUCCUAGAAAUGUUGUUUCCUUAUGCUGGUAAAAUGCAAAUUUUUAGACAGCAGUUGAAGAUUAGUCAUGACUUAUGGUCCUACUAGUGACAGUUUUUAAUUAUUAAUUUUUUUUAGUUAUAAGGUUGUUUAAUAUUUUGCCUUCUAUUUCUGAUGAGGGAGAUUAGGGCGUUUCAGAAACACUCUAGAGUUCUCUGAUUCCAGUCCUCCAGCACUUCAUUUUGAUUUGUUGAAAGCAUCCUAUAUCUACCUUAUUGUUGGAAAUUAAUGCUCUAUGAAAUUAAGGUAUUGGAAAUAAACAAAAUUAACGCGAAAGAGGAGGUAGAAUUUCAUAAUAAAGAAAAUUAAUGCAAUUAAGACACAGUUGGUGGUUACAACUGGAACAAAUUUAUUUCAAUACUGGAUGCAAAAAAAUUCAAAACUGAGCUGACAUCACUUCUGACAGCAACAGUGAUGAAGAUGAACUGGAAAUAUUGUAAACCUUUGCCUUAGCUUUUGUGAAAGAUGAAAAAUAAAGGGUAAAUGGAAAGAAAGAAAGCUUGUAGUUAAUGUUUUUUAGGUGUCAAGAAUGUCUGGACAGGUUCCAAAAUUGGGGUUAAAAUACUGGAAAUUAAGAACGCGGAAAUUAAUGCUUCACUUAAUUAACAUUGUGGAAAUUAACGCACAACAAAAUUAGCGCGACUUAAAUUAAUGCAAAUUUUAACGAUUUGCGUUAAUUUCAUGGAGCUUUAAUUUCCUAUAAUAAGGUAUCUCCCAUUCUUGGUCUUCCUUUUUUUUCUUUCCCAUUUUUGCUGAGGGUAACAAUGGAAAUAAUUGUAAUAAACCACAUCACAACAAAGCACAAGUUUGGUGCUAUCUAUUACUCCCUUAAUUAUGUUAAAACAUCUUUUUUUUUGUUGGAGUUACCUCAUCAAGUUGGAAAUAAUCCAUCCCCAAUUCAAUUAUCAUGACAUAUUAAUUUAAUACAUUACUUUUCAAUAUCUUGUUACAGCUUAUUCCAUCAAAGUUUACCUUGACUGACCCAAACUUAGGUGGUGGAUUUUACUUUUACUAUUCAUUACUCACAAAUGAUGUGACAAAUGAAGUCUUUCAUGAUCUCCUACAACCCAACUUCCCGGCUGAAAGAGCCUCAGUUAGAAUUUGUAGCAACUUGGAUCAUCUAAGCGAGUUUUUUACUCAACAUCCUGGACUAGAGGUAGGUUCCAGAAUAGAUCAUCAUUAAUUUCUUCCUAAUUUUUUAGUAACAUUUCACUCAGUUUUAAGGCUGUCCUUUAGCAGAGUCCAGGGCCCAGUUGUUCGAAGGUCGAUUAGCGCUUAACCCAGGUUUCUCUUUCUUGUGUUCAAAAGCUUUUUUUCGGAUAAUGUUCUCUGUUAUAUUUAGAGCUUUCAAUCAUCAACUUGUAGACCAAAAGAAUUAAACUGAAAUGCUUUAUAAGCUUUCAAAUCUGAAUUCAAAUCUCACACUAACCCUGGGUUAUCUUAACCCAGCUUUGAACAACUCGGCCCAGAGGUCUAGAGGUAGUGGCGAUCGAGAUACCGUAAAGUUCCGAAAAUAAGACCCGGGGCUUAUAUUUUUCAAAAGCCGUUUUUGAGGGUCUUAUAUUUGGAGGGGCUUAUCUAUGGAGGGAAAUUUGCAUUAUUUUCAAAAUGGAUUUGGCUUGCCUUAUAGUUGGAAGUAAAUUUACCGUUUCUGCUUUGUUUUACUUUGUAUUUGAGGGCAAUUUUCCAAGUACAAGCCCUCAGGAGGGCUUAUAUUUGGAGAUGCGAUUUAACGGAAGGUUUUUUACAUUACCAGUUUGGGGGGCUUAUACAUGGAGGGGCUUAUUUUCGGAAUUUUACGGUAUAAGAGAAGGAUAGAGGUCUUAACCCAUAAGUCCCAAGAGUGACCAAUACCAAUAUUUAUUUUCUCCUUACAAUAUCAAUGCAAAGGUUAUGAGAAUCAAUAAAGUGAUCACCAAAGGGAAAAUACUUUGAUCUUUUGACAAAUUCUGUUGACUAACUUUUCAAGGAUUGGAAGGAGUUAGUCUGGAGAAUUUGUUUGUGAUAUUGGGACAGAAAGGGUUAAGAAAAGUUAAGUGCAUGGUCUGUUCAUUGACCUUUGUUACCCAAGCAUGAGGCUGUCAGCUUCACCCGCUCUUACAAGAGAGCAUAUAUACUAUUUUUUAUUUGUGCCUAUAGUAGCUAGAGAGUAAAUGUUUACAUUGUUGAGUUUUUUCAGCUAGAUAGUUUCUGGAAACAAAGAAACAAACAAAAGAAGAACUGGGCCUAUAUUUAGUUAUUUUAAUAUCACACUUGGGCAAUAUUAUUAUUAUUUUUUUUCAGAUUCAUUUGUGUAGUGGAGAUCAAAUUUUAGGAAAAGCAGUGGUUUCUUUCCAAGGACUUCUAAGUGAGCGAGAGACGAUAGCCUCGCCUGCUGUGAUAGAAGGAAUGUUUCCUUUAGUAGCACCAGGUAGCAGUCAUCAGCUUUUAGGACCACCACAGGACACUGAACCUGGGGUUGGGGUGUCUGUGUCACUAAGAUGUGAACAACCAGAUAUCGCAAGGAAUGUCCCCAGUGGAUCAUCUCCAGCUGGAGGUAGAGACAUGCGUGGGCAGGUAAUAGUUAAGAGCAAACUUCGACUACAUGUACCUUGUGUCACAGAUGUAACAUGACCCUGGUUAGUAACAUCAAACUGUACAGAAAUCCUUGUUCCAUGGGCCCCCAUCUGUGUACCAAGAUUUGAGUAUGCACCAUGAUUGGCUUGUUAAAAAGCCAUUGUCAGGUUGCCAGUAAGGUUAAAGGGAAAUUGGAAACAUUUCUGAUAUUAAAUUUGUUGAGUCUGUUGGGGGCCCAGAACAUGGAGAUAUCAUCAUUGCUUCGCAGACAUUACUACCAAAGGUCAGAUUAUGUCCGCAAUGCAGGUUAAACUACAACUUACUGCAAAAAUAUGUCAUAUAGUAACUAUGACCUAAUACAUGUAGUAAUAUUUUUCUUCCUUUUGGUGGCUUAAAAGUCAUCACCUAAACAGGUUUCAGUACCAGUCUCUCCUCUUAGAGGGCGACCCAGAGAAGACAGUAAAGAGGCCAAUGCAAAUGCACCAAUGGGGUAUCCAUCUGAGACUCUGCCCCGACCACUUUCCAGUACCCCACAUGGUGCACAGGAACACCACGAUCCAACAAGUGCAGUAAAUGCUAGAACUCAAAAGGUAAAUGGUAACAGUUACUGCAUGUUUUAAUCUUUGCACCGUAGGUCAUGAAACCUGUUAUAAGCAUGUAGUGCCUGAUAAAAUAAAAGCAACCUCAAAUUGUUUCCUUGAGAAGUAAGACAAUAUUGCUUAAGACUUGAUCAAAGGCUAUCAGUUUUCACAGCAAUCAAGUAUCAAGAGUAGAGGGUCAGUGACUCAAAGCUUUAACAAAAGCCAUUCCAGUUUGGUGAUUCCCCUCAGAAAUUGAGUAUUGACAGGAGCCGAUUAUCGGCUCCUGGUAUUGAGUAUCUAGAAUGGAAAAGCAGUCAUCAGGAAUCGAGUCUUGAUUCUCAACUCAAUUCUUCAUUCAUGAAAUCAAGUGUCAACUUACUUUUAAAUGUUACUGCAUUACAGUUAAGCCAGGUCAAGUGUACCCUCGAAGAUUCCAUUAAUGAAUUUAUUAUUGAAGAGUUGAAUCUGUUAGUCUUUGCUGCAAAACCAACAUCAAAUUCAAAUCCGCUGCAUUCUUGCAAGCAUAAUGAGCGGUGAAUUCUUUAUGAAAACUUUUCUGAAUUAGGUCAGAUUGAAAUAUCUUUGAAUGGACAAAAUUGCCUCGAGACUUUUACAUCAAAUUCAAGAAAACUUAAGCUCGUAGAAAUUUCAUAACUACCCUGAAUGUGACUUCGCUGUUUGUUAUGCAUGCAGGAAUGCAUCUAGAUGAAUCUGAAAUUUACACCUGCAAUGGAUUUAACUUUCAAAUGAGAGUUAUUUUUAAUUCAUUGUUGGAAUCUUGGGGGAUACCCUUGACCUGGCUUGACUGUAAAAGCAUGGUCUUGAAAGGGCUCAAGAUCUUACAUUUUAAGGCAAUUCAUCACAAUAUGCCGUCCAUCCAGUUAGUUCUUAAAAUACACUGCUUUAGCCUUCAGCUUCACUCUUCUUUGCCCCAUCAGCAACAAUAUUCUCCACCAAAAAAGUCCAAGACAACAGCUCUGGCACCUCCACCUCAAGUUACAGAUCCAGGUCCAAGCACUGUUCCUCCGCUUAGAGCCAGGCUUCCAUUAGAACCAUCAGCUCAUCAUUUCUGUUUCUCCAUUGAUUUGCGUAGCAUCUCGAAUCUUGAGGUUUCCUCUCCUGUUAACUGCUAUCUUAGGUGAGUUGAAGCAGGUUGCUCAUUGACAGAAACUUUGGAGGUAGACUUUCUAAAAGUCCUUUAUUUUUUUCUUCCUGGUUGGUUAUGCCAUUUUAAAGGACUUUUCAUACCUGUUUGACGUGACAUUCACUAGUCUAAAAUUCUACCAGUGACGUCACCACAAUUGGCCAAUAGGACGGUGAGUGAUGUUUCACGCUGCUCCUGACACAGCAUACGUCAAUCAUUUUUUUCCUGCGUGAAUAGACCUCAAGACUUUGUCGCUUGCUUGGUUGGUGCGCGACCUCAUGCACCGAAGUUCGCUUUGCACAGUUUUAAGGAGUUAUGAGAGGUCGACUUGUAGCAAGUCUUCUUUGGAGGCAGGUGUCAGAGCAGGGAAAAUGCUAGGUGGGCAGUGGCUUGUAACAGUGUUUUAUACAUAAAGUGAAAACCAAGACUAAGUAGGGGCCAAUUUGUCCAAAGGCGGCCUUACUUUUUUUUUCAGAAAAAGGGGACCAAAAUUAUGGGCGUGGCUUAUGUGGGUACAGAUGCUACAUCAUUAAUACAAAACAAUAGUUUAACAAACGUUUGGGUGCAGCUUAUAAGUGGAUGUUCCCUCUACAUGCCCAGUAAACACAGCAGAUGUCUGUCCUUAGUCAGUAGUCAAUAACCAGAGCUAAGUACCAUCAACUGAGGUGAUACGGCGCACUUUGACUCUGAAGAUGACGAAUGCACAGCUUGUCGAAACAUCACUGAUCAUCAAUAACAGUCCUAUUCUGGAUCUGCGUUCACCCGGACGAUCAUGCUCAACCUACUUAUAAAAAUUUCAUGACUUCUGGGUUCAAACCUUUCACAAAACUACUAAAUAGCUCAUCAAAAAAUUGACCCUGGGCCUAAGAUUGUUCCCUGCUGUUACUAGAAUGUUGAAUAACCUUAGUGCUCUUGUUGUUAGGUAUACCUAUCCAUUCUUUGGUAGCUCUGCUCCGGUAAUGACAAGUCCUCCAGUACAAGUUCAGCGUAACACAGAGGUCCUUCUUCCCAAGUCUUUUUGUGCAUUUGACUUUGCAUCUUCUCCACAUUCUCUUCAAGACACACUUACAAGGUGGGCAAGAACAUGUUAACUUAUAAACUGAGAUGAAACUUUCACAGUCACUGAGUCAGUCACUCCAGCUGGUGAAGGAACAAACCAAUAUUACCCACUCCACUAACUAUUUAAAAGAAAAAUUAUGAGAAUACGCUAUUGGCGCAAUGAUUUCUGGGAUCGCUUGGGUAGACAAGCGUUAGUUUAUAGUUGCCUUGAAUGCCGUCGGCCAAUCAUAACUAUUAACGCUUGUCCACCAAAAUGACCCUAAAAAUCACUGCGCCCAAAUCUUGUAUGCAGUCUUCGUAGAUUCUCUGAAUUAAGUGCAUUAUUUCUUAAUACCUUAGGGAACUUGCCAAAAUCAAAGCUGGAGCAAUUUAUUGUCCAUGAGAAAGAUGUUUUUUAGUCAGUAGGAGUCGAGCCUAUGACCUAUUAGCCUGCGUAGCAAGGUAGCGUUUCCACGCGUUUUCGGAGCAGAGAACAAAGACCGCUCGAAAAAUGGCGCGAGUAAAAAAGCGGGGAGUGGGUGGGGAAGAAAGGUAAGGAAACCUUUCUUCCUUCCCCUCCCCCUCCCCCCUCUCUCAUUUUUUAGCUCCCGUUCCAUUUCUCGCGCAGCUAAAACCAAAAAUCCCGUUCCUCGGUCUUUCUUUGCUCCGAAACGAAACGGAAAAGCUUGCUACGCGGCUUAUGACCUAUGGCCUAUCUUAACAAGUUUGGAUGCUCUACCACUAAGCUACAGGAGAUUCGUGAGAGCUGAGGCCACUAAGGUCGUCACUGGUCAACAGUUUUUCUGACACUUGACUGAUGACAGAUUUCAUGGGUAUUCAUUCUUCUUUUUCACCUAGCCUUAAGUGAAAUUUUCUAACAAAAUUGUGCGAUUCCUACUUUUCCUGUCAGAGUUCCUCUUGUGAUUGAGGUGUGGCAUAAAGACAGCAUGGCUGGGAACGUUCUUAUCGGAGUUUCAACUGCAUUAUUAGCCUCUGUUUUAUCUGCUAAUAGAGUAGAAGUCUUAACACAGGUAAAAAUAAUCUGCCAGUGUUUAUAUUUGAGCGAUAUACUUGGGUUAUUAGCCACCCUGAGAGACCCGGAAGCAGUUAAUCAGCGUGGAAUAUUCAUAAGCAAAAUACAAUAAAAUUUUUACUGCACGCAUUGUAGAGAGCUACAACACUGGUCCUGGUUGUUCAGACGUUGGAUAGCGCUAUCCACAGGAUAAAUCACUAUUCAGCGGAUAAGAAUUAGGGAAACUAAUUACACUAUCCACUGGACAGAGAUUUAUCCAGUGGAUAGCGCUAUCCAGCCUUUUAACAACCGAGACCUGGUUUAAAACUCUUGGGAUACUAACGCAAUAGCUCGUCAAAAUGAGGCAUCUUCCCUCCCCCCUUCCCCCACGGUGGAGUGUUGACGUUAUGUAUUCAAGUUUUAAUUCAACACAAUCUCCCACUGCUUGGGAGAGAAGGGGACAGCCGAAAUAGUCCCUUAUAACAACAUCCCAAAGCUUUUUUAAGAGGAAGAAUAUGAGUUAAUUUGGUAAAGUGCGUCUUUGUCCCUAAUAUCGUCAACUGUCCCAGGGUUGUAAGUUUUUGUUGUGACUUCUCCUUCCAGAUUGCCUACAGUUGUACACACCUAUGUGAGGGUAGAUGUUAACAAACCUUGACAUCUUGGCAGUCUGACGUCUUUAGAUAAUCUCUGCAUACUUUCCUACGAACUAUUCUUUACCUAUUUUGCUUUUUUCGAUCCCGUUUUAGGGUCAAGUGACUGGAUAUCGGCAAAUUUACAAUGAGCGGAUAUUUAUACUUACCACAGAAAAGUAUGUCAAACACUUUAAAUUCAGCCGUCUUUCUAGCUACUUUCAUCUUGUUGACAACUUGGACUUUCUUUCAGCUUCGGAUAUGUUCUUGAUUUGAUAGAGCUAAUAAUGAAAAGUAAGUAGUCGAUGAUAGAUGUGGAAUGUUAUGACAAAAAACGCUGAGCAGAUGCCUCUUUUCCCUGGUCAUGACAAAAUGAAAAAAAUGACAAGUCUAUUUUCUUCCCACCCGCCAAAUACUAGAGAAGAAGGUCUCUGCUAAUAAGGAAUUGCAAGCCAUGGAACAAUAUUAAUGCUGAAUGUACCAUGGAACAAUAUUAAUGCUGAAUGUACCAAUGCGUUUCCAACCCUAAAACAUAUCAUUGAGUCUUUGUGGUUGGCUAAAUGAUGCCUGCCAUCGCUUUAACCUUCAUCUUGUUGGUUUAGGGAACUGAAAGUGAAACAACAUUUGUAACCUCAAACUUUUUACCAGCAGCACUGAUAAUUAAGCUUGUACACAGUAUGGCAAACACAGGCGUGAAUACAGUUGACUAAUGGGCACCUCCUUCACAACAAGUACUUACCUUUCUCGGUUAAUCCGUGUGUCGUUGCACUCUUUUCCCACCUUUGUAGCUCAAAUAAUAGGCCUGACAAUUACUGGCUUUUCACACAGCUGACCAAGUUGAAUGCAUGACUCCGAAAUUGCUAUAUAAUUGUCUAACAGUGUUUACUAGAAUGAGCACCAACCGAACAUCUCAACACUCCAAACUUGUUUUUUGCUGUCGUUAAUAACACAUUUUUUUCUUUUAAUUUUGAAGACCUCCCAGGAAGAUUGGUGAGCUGCAUGUGGUUCUUGGCCUGGAGGACCUGGGUCCAGUCAACUUGCACCAAGUCAUGGGAGCAAAUGAAGUAAUUCUUACUUUUUUAAUGGGAGCGACUUUUACUCAAAAAUCAACAAAGGUGUUUCAUAAAAAGCUUAUAAGCGGGUGCGGGAUUUGCUAUACAUCACUGAGGGUGUGUUCACACUACCUGGACAACUUUUGCUUCGGCAACAUACUGGAUAGGGCUUCUGGUCACACGUAAGAACGGUGAUUUCGGCGCGAUUCCUGUAACGGAGCGAAGCCGACCUCUAAAGUGAAGAGUCACUUGUCGGAUCUGUUCAUGCUAUUCUUGGUUUACAACCACGUGAAAAGGCGGCCAUGUUGGGGGUCAAAACAAUAAAAUUUUUUCUCGAAGAAUUUACAUGAAAAAAGAAUUUAGUUACCAGAGGAGAGAAAAGCUUUUGUUCUUGACCAUCAACAUGGCCGCCGUGACGUCACGUGCAAACCAGCAAUACCGGAUAGCUUUUCGUGUCGGCACGAAUAGCCCCAGGUCGCAUGGACUGUGUGUACAAGGUACCUACUGCUUUGCUAUUGACUACUACUUUGGGGCUCUUAUUAAGUCGAUAAACAAGUAGUUCCACUGUUUACUUCCUUUCAUUUUCUAAAUACGAAGAAGUCUUGUUUUGAAUCGAACUUCUAUACCUGGGAAAGCUCCAUAACUCUUCUUACUUCACCAUCAAGAAGAGAACUAUAGAACUAUCGCGGAAGACCUUACCAUCUACUAAUCCUCUCACUGCUGCUGCUUUCCUUUAGUACAGUUUGUCGUCUUCUCUUGAGAGUAGUCAAGCUUCCAGUGCCAUUCCUCUGGCCGAGCCGCAGCGUGUUCCACCAGCUCAGCCCAAACCUCCCCCGGUUACUGACCCACGUGACACUGCCGAGUACAAGGCCGCUUUAGAACUGGAACUGUGGAAAGAACAACAGGAAGAAAUGUUCCAAGCACAGGUAUGAUGUCAUUAAACCUGGAUUUAUUAAGAUGGGCAAGCUCGGUGGUCGAGGACGACUAUGAGAAGGAGAAUUUCUCAAUACUAAGUAGUGCGCGCGUUCUUUAACCCGCGUCAUUUUGGCGGGAAGACGCGAUAGCCGUCGUCAUUCUACUACGAGUUUUAGCGAGAUUGUCGUAGUGGCAGAAACAAGGGGUUUUAAUUUGUAGUAGUUUUAUCAUUUUGCAAUCGGGAAAAGGCUUAACCUUCUUCAAAAAAAAAAACCGUACUAAAUAUUCUGGUAAAAAAAAGGAAAAAGAAGCUUUGUGGGUGUCUAUUUUUUUUAGAAUAUGCGUAAAGAAAUUCAAGUCAAAUCUCUUCCUUGUAGUCCUGGAAUCUAAAGGUCUGUAAUGGCUUUAAAGUAUUAGUAUAUGUGAUUGGGAAAAUCUGUUCUCGGAUUAAACCAGAAUUUCCUUUGUUCCCUCUGAAAAAUUAAGGCUGAGAAACAAAGAAAAUUCUGAAUCAAACAAGGCUGAGUACUGUUUUAUCCUAAGAAAGGGUGUUACCUACAACGUUUAAGUUGAAAAGCUGAAAACGUAAAUUUGAGUGUAAAUGUCCUAUGAAAGGUGGUAAAGGGAGUAAAGUGCCGCCCAAAAAUAGGUAAACCUAUUAAGUAGUAGUUAGUUUACCAACCACAACUUUUCAGCAGACUUUGCUACAGGCUCGUUGACUUGGCCACUGACAGUUGGUGUUUCUGUUUUGACCUACUAGAUGAAAACUUGAGGGUAAAUGUCCUAUGAAAUGUGGUAAAGGGAGUAAAGUGCCGCCCCAAAAAUACGUAAACCUAUUAAGUAGUAGUUAGUUUACCAACCACAACUAUUCAGCAGACUUUGCUACAGGCUCCUUGACUUGGACACUGACAGUCGGUGUUUCUGUUUUGACCUACUAGAUGCAACAUCGUGAAAACUCGCAAAUGAAAGCGCUGGCUGAUGAAUGGAAGAAACGGGACAAAGAGCGUGAGCUUAUGGUCAAGAAAAAGGUAAAAAAAAUUAUGUUGCCCUUGCAAAAAGACUAGUUACAUUGCUAAAUAGAAAUGUUAUCUGCCUACCAUGUUGUGAUCAGUGUAGUACAUAAAGGUAUACUGGCCCUUCGGCGGAGAAUGCGCUUUUUGACAUUGGGGAUUACAUGGUUAAAACUGAUAAUUUGGUGCUUAGUGAUCGUGGUAAGGCCCGUCGACAAUUUUUCUAUUCUUUUGCUGAAUUUUGGCUAUAGAGACGAAACGCCUCUCAAUUUUUGCUAUAACAAAUGUUUGGGGACUAGAAUGGAUAUUUAAUAAUAUUUUAUUGGAAAUAGGAAAACGUAUCUAGAUGGCGCAAGGGGUAUAUCAUUCAUAGCCUGAGAAAACAGCCGACAUUUGGCGACGCUACCACUGGUUUCCCCGCCAAAUGACGUCCGAGAAACGAGCGCAGAAAUUCCAUACUGAUGACGCGUCACUACCCAGAUCUGGGUAGUGCUUCUGCUUGGUCGUGACGCGUGCGAAAUUUGAUUCAACUAAUCAGAAGCACUACCCAGAUCUGGAUAGUGAUGCGUCAUCAGUAUGGAGUUUCUGCGUUCGUUUCUCAGACGUCAUUUGGCGGGGAAACCAGUGGUAGCGUCGCCAAAUGUCAGCUGUUUUCUCAGGCUAUAUCAUUCAUGAAAUCAGUCGCUUAAGAUCAAAAAGAAAAAUUAAUUGUAGAACUUCUAGGAGCUCGUAAGAACUCGUUUGAACACGUACGUGAGAUGCAACGUAAGUCACAAGAUAAGAAAAAGGCCCCUGCGGUCACCCCACAGAUCACGUACGCUCGAGGAGGAGACCGCUGACCGCAUUGGCUUGCAAUUUUACUUUGCCUAAAUUACAUUAGCCACAGGAAAACUAUAUCAGCAAACCAAGACCAUUAUUUUUGUUCCAGCUCGAGGAGUAUUCUCGACUUGAAGGGAAGCUUAAACAAUCCAUUGCUGAACUGGAGAAGAGGGAGAAACAGCUUACCAUUAACGAAACACAGGUAUAGCAAACGUGUUUUCUCUCUUAACUUAUGUUACUAAUUUAGCAUUCAUUGCUGACUGUAUUCCAGCUUCUGUUGUAAAGCUUCCCCUCAACUUAAACCAGUAGUGUAAUUAAAAGUGUUGUUCAGUGUGAUACUAACGUACAAUGUUCCAUUAUGGUCUGAGAAAACAGCUGAGUUUUUGUGACGCCACCACUGGUUUUACCGCGAAAUGACGUCUGAGAGACGAGCGCAGAAAUUCCAUACUGAUGACGUGUCACUAUCCACAUCUUUUCUGAUUGGUCAUUCCGCGAGGAAAAUUUACUUCAACCAAUGAGAAGUCUGCAGUCGUUCCUCAGACGUCAUUUCGAGGAAAAGACCAUUUAUGGCGUCGCGAAAUGUCGGCUGUUUUCUCAGGGUUUUUUUUAGUUCUGUCAAUGCUUAAACACGUUUCUGCUUCUAUUUGGAAUGAUUCAGAUUCCCCAGAAUAUAUAGUAGCUCGCUUCAAACACGCCAAACGUUGUAGCAAUAUUUACCAUGCCAAGACAUCUUUUAUACUAAAAACUGCUUUAAAGCAUAAGGCCUUUCUGCAGAUCAGCCGCUUCAUACAGGUUUGCGAAUCCCAGCUUUAUGCACCAGGAACCCGUUUCUCGAAAGUCCCGGAAAUUACCGUGCCUACUUUUUGCAUCGGGUCCGAAAACACAAGCCCGUUUAAAGGGGCCAUGUCACAAUGAUAUUGCUGUUUUAAGUCAGUUCUGUGCUGAAGUCAUUACUUAGUGCCUUUACCCUACACAUGCUAGUCUCCUUCGCAGCCGUUAUUAGGGUCGUCACUCGUCACGCAACGUUAGUGGGGAGGAGCGUUGCGUGACGAGUGACGACCCUAAUAACGGCUGCGAAGGAGACUAUACACAUGCAGGCAUAGCAUGAAUACUUGAAAACGUUGGCCCAAUUUUUACAAGUUUCAAUCCUAUUAGAACACACCCUUGCCACCUUUGCAACAGACGACGGGAAACAGCCGUAUUCACACUAGAGACGGAUUAUCCAUUGGUUAAUUCGCGUCACUCAGAUAAUACGUCUUAAUUUGAAAAUGGAACGGUCCUAAUUUUGGAUGGACAAUGCGCCUGACUUUAUCCAUCUGUUAUUCCUCAGCCGUCAAUUUUGACGGACUUUGAAGAUGAAUUAUCCAUCUCAGAGGGUUAAUCUGUCUCUAGUGUGAAAACGACCAAUGCCUAAGUGUUGAAUAACAAAUUGGACCAUCAUUUUUGGAAUUCGAUUGAUGCGAAAAAAGCUUAAGCUUUUAUAAGGGAUAGAACUGAAAUAUCUGUACAUAACCCCUUUAAGAUCUUGUGAGAGGAUAACGACAUUUUUGAUGACCGACAGGUGACGCAGAUGAGAGAACAACUUGAGAGAGAACACGACAGGAAAAUGACUGAGAUAAGAGAAGCUGCGCGCAGAAUGAAAGACGAAUGUUCACACCAGGUAGAGAUGGAGAGGUAAGUUUGGAACUCGGACAACUUUAUCUUUGCAGUGCGCAGGAAGACCCUAUUUGAAUGGCUUUAAAUGUUGAGAACAAAGGACAGGCGUCAGGCCUUACCCAUCUUCGAAACGUUUUGCGUCGCUCGUCGUGUCCCAACUGGACUCGUGGAACACGCUUUGCACCGUUUUCAACCGCGUCGUUUUCACCUUAUUUCACUGCACAGUUCUUACGCAUUUUCCUUCUUAACAUACAUCAGAAAAACAGAUAAAUACCUCAUUUUUUGUAAAAGGGGGCGAGAAGCUUCGAGUCUUCGGUUAGAAGUUGGUGAUCUCAAGUCGAGGUAACGAGUGACACCUCAUAUUAACCUAAGAAGUUGAUAAUUUAUUUCAAGGAUGAAAGUGAAAGAUCUGGAGCAACAAAAGCAGAGACUCGUCGAACAGGUAGGUCGUGAAUAUAUUACGGCUGUGACCGUUGUAUUCCUAUCUUAUAAAUAUUAAAUGCAUUUACUUUGCUUCUGACUUCGCAGGUGUACGAAGCCGAAAAACGGUAUCAGUCAAAAGAGAAUGAGUUUAUGGCGUACAAAGAGCAACAACUUACAAAACCUGAAGUCAAACUCGAGUCUGAGAUAAACCUUCUGAAAAUGGAGAAGGUGAGAACAACUCUGGCCUAAGCAAAAUGUCGAACUUUUCACGAGAAGCACCAAACUUUGCUAGUUAAGUUAAUGAAAAGUUCGACUUCUGGCUCAGUUGAGUUCGUCUGAAUGAGUCUACUUCAGACGGAUAAAACAUCUGAAAAUCGUCUCCAAACGUCGAUCUUCACAUGCGGCAAACUAAACUUAUAAAUUAAAAAUUUGUAUGAUAAUGUAUAUUUAGCCAAGCUCGGGAGAAAAUAUAUUAAACUUGCUUUUUGGUCUGAUUCAGUUGAUUGGUUCGAUGCGUCCUAAGUUCGACGUCUGACCCAACAUUGGACGAUCUUAACACGGUAACCAGAAACAGUAUGUUAGUCAAUCUAGUCCCUUGGAAACUGGGGACGAGGGUUCAGUCUUUUUGUUCUGGAGACGCCUAAAAUCCCUAAGGCCUAAGAUAGUCUGACUUGACAGUCCUAAAUUACACAGUGACACCAGUCUUGCUAUGAAGUUUUGGCUCAGCGACUCUGCCUCUAAUGAAUACUCGUGUAUUGGCCUUGUCUUCAGUCCUUCGACUAAGUUUAUCUCCCAUUUCAACAUAUUAGAUUCUCAUGGUCGCGCAGAGCUGGGAUUCAUGUAAUCCUCAGCCGCUGGACCGGAGCAACUCUUAAUGCUAUAUCUUUACAAUUCAUUCUUCUAAAUUUGAUUAUCUGUCUGUUGGAAAUGGUUGCCUAGUUUAUGCGUUCUGUCACUGAGUAAUGUACAAUUUGUUCCCAACCAUACAGGCAGAACUUGAGCGCAAGUUAGAAACUGCGAACAAGUCGAAGAUUCACUAUAAACAACAGUGGGGUCGAGCGCUAAGGGAACUGGCGCGAAUGAAGCAGCAGGAACAGACCGCUGCCCGAGCGCGGCUCAAGAAACAGGAACAGGAGCUCGAACACAUGCGCCUGCGCUAUCUUGCCGCUGAAGAAAAAGAGGUAAAGUUUGGUCUCUUGGAGGUCUCUUGUACAUUUCAAGUUUUACUUAUUUUUUAUCGCUUGUAAAAAAGAAUCAAAGAAACAAAUCUCAACUGGAAAAGAGAGGUCUUUAUGAACAGGCGUUUCCUCCCCCCUUUAAUCAGUUUGUCAGUUAUCACUGUUAUAGGCAUUAUAAUUUAUCCGUGGUAUUCGUCGUCAAGUCUCAUUAAAGACAUGUUUGAUUCUCUUUUGAUUGUUAGGUUGUAAAAUCAGAAAAGGAGGAGCUGGAGGAAAUAAAACUUGAGCUUUCCAGGUUAGCCGUUAGUGUUCCUAAACAAAUAAUUUCAAAAAAAGCAUAAACGUCAUCGAUGUCCCAUACUAUUGUAACAGCAAUCUGAACCACAACAAGAACUUAACCACUUUGUUUCACGGAACACCUUUAUGCAACACGACGAAGGUGUGCAAAGUGAAUACUCGGAACACAUGAAAAAGGAAGAAAGAAACGACAAGUAGGACGUCCAGUAACUAUUCUCGAUAUCUGGGUCCACUACCUCCUUUGCGCAUUUUGCUGUUAACGGUCCCUUACUGUGUGCAUCAUAUGUCUUGGUGGAACCAGAAGCAUAUAUGCUUCUAGUGGAACAGGGUGUGACUCAACCUCGUUGCCAGGGUUCUCUCCUGCCCGUCCCUACGGAGCGAGAAGUGAACUUACGCAACAGGACGGGAGAGGAAAGACGACGGCAAACCCUGUGUGACAAGCGUGACAAUAAUUUUGUUUGAAAAACCUUCCGCCAAACUUCACAUUCCUUUAAACAGAUCUUUUUGUAGAAGAACAAAAAACAUCAAUGUCCCGACAAAACACGCUAGUAAUGGCAAUGUUAGGUUUGUCACACUCAAGCGUUUUGGCUUCCUCUUCUUUCUGCCGUCCUGUUGCGUAAACUCACUAGAGAGAGAGAGAGACGACGACGACAACGACGAGUAGGAGAGAGAACCUGGGAACAAGGUUGGGUGUGUCUUUCUCCUUAAGUACAGACCAAAACCUCCUUGGAUGCGCGGAUAGGGUGGCAGCUCGCACACCUCAGAGCUUUGUGAUUGGCUGAAACUUUAGGCUCUUAGCCAAUCAGAGGGCCAGUGUUAUUCGCGACUUGGUUACAUGCGUUUUCCCGCGCGUGACAUUUACUUUGAGCUCUGAUUGGUUCAUGGUGCUCAAUUCGCCACUUAAAAAACGGGAAGGAAACUGGGCCGAGUAAACUUUCGCAAAGACUUCUGAGAUUGUUGCGAGGGACAGAGGAAAAAGAUGACCAAUAGCUGACCGGCGCAUCUCCCGUAACCAUCCCAGAAACAAUUGGGGAACACAUUUCGGCUUUAGUUCUCUUCGCGUUUCUAAAGUGGCGAAUCCUGUGCACCUUUCAAUAUGACUUAUUUCUGAUUUCUUCCGUUCCUACCGCAGACUGAAACAACAAGAAGAAGCGAAAGCCCGCCUGAAUCAAGUACCAACUGAAGGGCAAGAAAACCCAGGCGUGCCACCUAUAAUGAACUCUUCACAAAGAAGAACUGUUAAACGUUCAUCAGGGCUAACGUCUGUUGUUGAAGAUGACGAAGAGGAUUUCGAUAGUAGAAUCGCUAAGCUAAUCGAAGAAAGAGACACUUUGUUACACACUGGUGUGUACACUACUGAGGAUCGUAUAAUAGUUGAACUGGAUAAACAAAUACGAGACGCCAUAGCUAGCAGGGGGUCGUGACACAAGGUAUGUUUUUUGGGGUAAGGAGGAAAGGGAGAAAGUAAAGAGACACUGUAAUAUUAAAGGGCAGAGGGGCUAGGGUGUUACUUAAAGGGCAGAGGAGGUAGGGUAUUGCACACCCGAUGAGUAAAGAGUACUUUUUCGCAAUAUCUACCCGUGUACUGAUAACACAUGGCGAAACAGUCGCCUUCACUCGCUGAUUCUUCAUUGCGUGUUUUCUCGGAAUUUGCCCGAAUUUACUUUUUUAUUUUUGCUCAUGUUGUUUUGAGCGUGGAGAUGUGUUGGUGAGUGAGUCUCACCCGUUUUGCCUAGAAUAUCAUGUUGGAAAGAAUGAAGUCGCAAAAGGGGGAACUUUUGUGGAGAUAACGUUUUGUGCCAUUUGGACGUACAAAUCUAUGCAGACGUUCUUUUGGCUCGUCACGCAACCCUCUACCGGAAGGAACGCGUGACGAAACUCAAAGACUGUUUGCGUGGGAGGGUUUAUUGUACUAAGCGCAUUGCUAUUAGGCCUGGGUUCGAAACUGUAUCCUCGCAACAUGCCGCGCAUGCUCAACAAGGAUCUUACUUGUUUCAUGCCGAGUCUUUCUCAAGUACGCCAAAAUCGAGCAAGGAAAAGAAAGGUGCUGCUGGCAGGGUGAUACACGGAAAUGUGGUAGGAACAUUAAGCAGAAAAUGUCGCAGGCAAAUGUUAUUGUGUUUUUAUUGUUUUUCCUUCAGUGCACGCACUUAAAGAAUUAUUAAACUGUUCACAGUGCCCUAUUUUCCCGCGAGAUCGUCGAGAUAUUGUGCGUCUUACUGAUGGCGGCCAUCUUGAUUUUGAAACGUACCGAGGGGGCGGGCGUCGGGGAUUAUACAUGUAGCUCUAGGGGGAGGGGGCGAGAAACUAUUUUUCUCGCUUCCUUCCAAACCGCCCCCCGCCCGCUAAGUAGUUUUGACACUCAUGCAAGAUGACAGCCCGUAACGCAUAGCGCUCGAUGUCGACGAUCUUACGGGAAAAAAGAGGACUGUGAACAGUCUAAAGAAUUAUGGUAGUGAUUGUCGUCUGAUUUCCUCUUUCAGGUGAAGCUCACUGUAAUUGUUAUUGUUGUUGUUGUUGUUGUUUUUUUUUGCUGCAAAUACGCCGUCCCCAUAAACUGUGCAUGUCUGUUUGACAUCCUUUUUAACGUGAAAACACCCAAGAUAUUAUAUCCUGUAAAUAGCGUAUUUUUUUUUAAAUUUAAACCAGUUUCCUAAUAGAAUAAUUAUGCACCUUUCUUGAUGUCCUAAUAAAAUCAAUAAAAAAAAUUAUAAACAUGCUUGAAUGUGCUUACUCGUAUUUCCUUUUUAUCAGGACGGACAUCAUUUCUCAAUAGUAAACUAACACAAUUACUUGUCGCAACCAUAAUUAUUAUCGAUAAAUAAUAAAUGAAUAAAAAGUAAUUAAGAUCGAAUUGGGAUUUGAAAAUGUUGGUGUUUUUUGUAGGGGUAGGAAAAUCUGGUAUCCUUGUAGAAGAACAUCUUUGGCCAGGGACCAGAACCAACUACUCUCAUAUAGCUUUGCCUCCAGGAUUUGAACGCGGGCCAUUUCGUUUGGAUAUGAUAGUUCUGAUCACUACUUUAGACUGCGUUGGGCAUGAAUACGAGAACGCUCGUGAAACAAAAGUUCUGAAGGGGCGAUAAAAAGUAGACUGGGGCGAGCCGUUUGAGGCACGCACGCUUCGCACGUUCGCAUGCGACGACUUUCCACCCUUUAUUGAGCACUGUCCGCUAUAAGAGAAAGAAACUGAUUUAAAAGUGUAAAAACCAUUGGAACUUUGUAUACUUGUCUGUCAGUUGUGGAAUGCAAAACCCUUGGAAUUGAAUAAUUUGGUCUGUCUUUAAAACCUAACUCGAGAAAAGUAAAGUAAAAGCACGUCUUUAAUUCAGCCCCACGAUCGCAGGGCAAAUAUGUUACUCUUGCAUUGUCCUUUUUUUAAUUGUAUAACUCGUGAAUACUGAAUGAAUUUUUCAGUCAUGGAUAAUCUUUCUUAGAAUUCUUUGCCUUUACCAUCCCUUUUUGCGUUAGUUAAAUUUUUUGACUGAAUGAACUGAAGCAACAGGAAAAAGAUACUAUUAAGAACUUGUAAAAUAGUCUAUCAUGCAGGCCAAAAUGAUUUUAAAACACGCAAGUCACUGUACACGGGCAAUUAAUCUUUUUCAAUUGUGUUCGGGUUAAUUUAAAUUCUUGUGAUUUUUAAAGACUCGAAAUAAUAGAAAAUCAGUCAGCCAAAGUUGAAUUAUUGUGAUUAUCCAAUCAGUAGCUUUGACUUAACAAGGCUCAAUGCCAUGUGCGAACAAAUGAUGAUCAUUGAUUCUAAAGAACACUAGAUCAUUGAUUCUAGAUCACUCUAGAAAGCCUGUGGUUGCUAGCAGAUGAUUGUUAGUAAAUAGCGUAUCUCGUCGCAAAACGCGUAUCAGUCAGCAGGAAAGGUACAGAGGAAGCAUGUCGAUGUUCAUGUGCAGUGAAAAGAUGCCCAGAAGACAGCAAAAUCAGUCGGUGAGUUAAUUUAAAUUAAAGCAGAAAAAAUUAAUGAACUGUUCAAUUUAUUAUAAAUCAGUUAGUGCAACAUGUUGGGAAAAAAAAAAGAAAAAGAAACAUUUAAAAUGUGCAGUGACAGUGCCUAAAAUGCCCAUGGUUUACUUGCUAGAAAUGAUCACGUUUUUUGUAGUAGUACCUUUAUGUCGCCUUUGCAAAAUUUGAUCCACAAAUUUUAAGUCAUUCUGAUCAGGCCUUAUAUGAAUCACGGCACACCUAAGUGGAAAAUGUAGGUUAAAAAAUGGUGUCAGACCUUGGUAUUUUCUUUUCGGUGCUUAUCUUGUCAACCUUAUGAUGUUCAUAUUUAUAAUAAAUGAUUGUCCCAUGCUUCAUUGCACUGGUCAGAUUUCACGUCUUUGUCUACGUUUUGGUGACCUAUAUAUGCUAGUGAUAAUAGAGUUUUGUUUUACUUGUAUGGCGAAAAAAAAUCAGUUAAUGUUGCUAUCCGAAAGACGUUCUAAAACUACGACUGUUACGCCUAGUUACACCAAAGAUCAACUCAAUAUAAAUAGGUAGUUUUAUGUAGAGUUUUUCAAGCGUGGUCUAAUUUAAAUUUUAAUGUCUUCAGGUUAACUUCCAUACAAUCAUGAAGAAUCCCGAGGAAAAACGCCUUCAAUUCGCAGCCGAGACUGUGAUGGACUGCUUGUUUGGAAGAUACCGUCCCGGUUUCGUAGACGCUAAAAAUAUUGUCAACAGUGAACGCAGAGGAGGACGGAAGGAAGUUGGAGGAGUUUUAAACAUACAUACGUGUAAGCCAAUUGAGCCGCAGUUCCGAAAUGUUUGACAAGAAAAAGGAAGCUAUAUAAAAACACUUAGAUGUCGUAAGCGAGUUAACAAUUCGAGACGAAACAUAUGCCUCCGUUCCUUAAAUUUUAUAGCGCCCACGGAAACUUUACAUACACUUUUUACUACUUUAGCGCUUGUAGAAUUAGCAGACAUCUUUCUUAUUCAUCUUCAAACCAUUCGUAAAAUAACUCAUUCAUUUCUUUCGUCCAAUUUCUUGCUCCAUCAAGUUGUGUUAAUCUUCGUGAAUGACUUUGCAAAUGACCUGAAAUAUAAUCGAAGUUUCACCCUAUUUGGCUUAUAUGUUAAAGCCUUUUUUAAUUUCAUUGUAGAUAUUGAACAGUUUUUUUUUAAAUUGUUUAGGAAGAAAGCAUAUUUUAUUCAAGUCGUGAUCUUUGCCUAGUAGAUUCUUGUCACGUGUUGUCGUGUAAAAACCUAAUGCACUGAAGCAGCGUAGUGCAUUGUCAUUGCUCUUUUGAAAUACAUGUCUGGAUGCUUUAGAUUUUUAAAACUACUUUGAAAGUUAGGAAAGUAUUGACAAAUUCCCUCUAUGCUUCUGAGUGCCUACUUCUACUAAGCUGAUUUCGGUAAAAGUGCAAAAUAAUCAACGUACCGGUAGCUGCUAUAAAAAAAGUGCCAAAAUCUUAAACAGUUUAGAUCUCAUACAUAGCCACAAAUCUGCACCUUUUUCGCGCGCGUUGGCAAUUCUGGAAGAACGGGUCGUUUUUUCGUAGUUACCUCUUGAAAAUACGACAAAAUCAAGAGACUGAAUGUUCAAUGUUUUAGUUUUCUUAUUCUUGAAGCCUUUAGUUUAAAACUGAAUACUCGGUGUUCAUUAAUUAGCAUAAGACACGCGAAUUUGUACUUGUCUUGGUCAAGGCAACGCCCUCGGACUGGCAGAUUGUUUUUGCGAAACCUACUUUUCAUUAACAAUUCCAAGCCCAUCUGCAAACACCCUGGCAAAGGGGGGCUUUCUUUGAGAAGGCGACGCCAAUAUCAAAACAAGGACUAAGAUUUAUCUCCGAAAUUUUUACCAGGUAUUACUCAUCCUUACCUAUAAAGGUGUUCUGAAAGUUUUCGAAGGUCUCGGUCACCUAAAAUAAAUAUACUCUAGGGACCUUAAGUCCUUUAGCUUCCUUUGUUGAUUUCAAGUAAACACUUAGUUCGCUUAUUUAAUUUAUUGAAAGGCACCGCAGGUAGUGAGCAAACAGACAAUUCGGUUAAAUGUUUGCUCAAUCCACAGGGGAACAAUUUUUUUGUCAAACCAAACUUGUUGUGAAACUUUUGAGAAUUGAUUUGCAUGGCGGCAAAGAAAUCUAGCUCAAAAAUGGACGGUCAUUAGCAUCAAGACGCUGGUGUCUUUUGUAACUCGCAAAGGUCUUUGUAUUUAAAGGUUAAAUUUGCUAAUUUCCACUUCAAUGAAACAAGAAUUUUCUGUUGUUGUUGUAAGUUAUCUUAGGUCACAAGUAAACAUGGGCAGAACAGAACACCAUUCACACCAACUAAACGUAUUGUAUUAAACCAUAUGUCAAAAGAUGAAAAAUUGUAACGGAAAACUGGACAGUGGCUGUUACAUAGCAGGCGUGGAUCUAGAAUAAAUAGUGACCGAUUUCCUAAACGAAUGCCAAAGAUGCAAGCUACUUAAGGGGGCCAGGGGGCAUGCUCCCCCAAAAACUGUUUUGGAUUUAAACUCCCUAAGUCCCCUUUCCUGGGUCUCUGCGUCAUUCAGACGGUAUACACAGGAUUCGAACUGAUAAAUUUUAACUUGUUCUGUAGUUUGUGCUCAAAUUGGAACGAUAAAAGUCAUUCAGUAGCGUUCGUAAGGAAAACAAUUUUAAACUUUGGACUGUGUGAGUGAGGUAGCACGAUCUAUCUUUACAAAAAACGUUCUCAAUGAAUUCUCUGCACACAGAAGAACCUAUUUUAUUUUAUCUUCCGAUCGCUUUUUUAACAUCUGUUUUCAUAAUCACAUAGAUAAUUAUGAAAUAUAUUUCUCAAGUACUUCAUUUCUUUUUUUUCAGGGAAAACAUUUUCGCACGGUUUGAGCAAUGAAUCAACGGAAGACACUCGUGUCCAUCAAAGCAACGCUCUAAAGUCACUUCCGCCCGAAUUGUGUUUAUGCGUUUCAAGUAUCCCUGGUGCUAAGUUUGGAGUUUGUACCAGGAAACACAUGCCAGUGGGAACGUGGAUUGGACCAUUUGUGGGAAAGCGUGUUCGGCCUGAUGAACUCGAACCAGGCACUGACACCUCACAAAUGUGGGAGGUAAGCAGUUCACCACUCUAUGUAUCUCCCUUGUUUUUUGUUGUUCCUACCAAAAAGCCAUUAAAAACUUAAUUGUGAAUUCUCUGUUCCUGGCCCCUGGAAUCGUGUACACACUGUAAUUUUCAGGGAGUUAUAAUAACUCCUCUAGUGGGGCUAAUUUAACUCCUUACAGUGGAGUUAUUUUUCGUGGAGUUAUUUUAACUCCAAAAAGGAGUUUAAAGAACUCUUUUUCAGGAGUAAAGAGUAAAAAUGACCCCAAAUUCGGAGUUAAAUUAGGAGUUAAAAUAACCCCAAAAAAGGGGUUAUCCUGUACCUAAAAUUUUUACUCCAUUUUUGGAGUUAUAAUAACUCCCUAAAAAUUACGGUGCACAGCGAAACUUAAGGAUUCCUCAGCCAAAGAAACUUCAGUUUGACGCAAUUAGUGAACCAUUUCACUUAUCCACAUUUUCAGACAAAAACUAAGUACCAGUAACAUGUUUUUCUUUCAGAUCUUCGAAGGCAACAAGCUAAAUUAUUUUAUUGACGGUAGAGACCCUGGUCAUUCGAGCUGGAUGCGUUUUAUUCAGUGCGCACGCUCCAAAGAUGAGCAGAACCUUUGCGUUUUCCAGUACAGGGACGACAUCUACUACCGCUCGUUUAAAGAUAUAGCUGUAGGUGAAGAACUUCUUGUAUGGUACGAUGAAAAAUACCUUCAACACUUCGGGAUUCCGACAGGACUACAGGACUUGUCUUCCAUGACUCGAGGCACAGGAGGUAAGCCGAUGGAUUCAAAUGGAUUCAAGUCUCUUUUUGUAACAACUGGAUGUUUUUAAAAUUAUAUAACCUCCCCCAUCAAUUCUUUAUUGGGCAGUUGCAAAGGCUGUUACGCUAUUACAUAUAUGUGAUUUUCGAGUUCCGAAAAUAUAAAUUAUAUAUCUCGAUUUUAAUAUGAAAGACUUCAUACUUGGUUUUGAUAAAGAUACGAGGGGCGGCAGACACAUGUACAUGGCCAAAUUAACCAAAUUCCACUAGCUUAUAGUUAUUUUAGAUUUCUCUCUCAAGUUUUGUUCUUUUUUUUUUGUUAGCAACUGGGCCGAUGCAAGCGGUACCACCUCUAUUUGAACUGAGACUCUCACCACUGCAGCAGCAACAACAACUGAUACAGAUGCAGCAACAAGAAAAGCAGUAUCAGUAUCAAACACAAAGAAGUAGGUCAAUGCAAAGGCCAAUAUCAGUGGAACAGAGACCCUCCCCUCCACCGCAACAACAACAACAGGAGCAGUUACCUCAAGAACAACAACAACCGACAUUACAGCUGCCUCUGCAGCAUAGAACUGCUUUCUUUCCCAGAAGGUCAUCAACCGAGAGUAAUCACACAGACCCGCAGUCAUCUCCCUUGAGCGACGCCGAGAGUGACGUCAAUGAUGGAGGCGAAAGCCAAGUGCCAAAUGCAAAGAGUCCUGUGAGCGAACUGGCUUCCUGGCGGUGCCAGCAAUGUCACAAGACCUUUGCACAGCGGCUGGCCUUACAGAUGCACGUGUGUCCAUGCCAACCGAGCAAGCCUUUUAACUGCGGACAGUGCAACGUUUCUUUCUCCAGUUCCUCGCAACUGCGCGCGCAUGUGAUCUCACAUUCAAGUGAGAAGCCAUUUAAAUGCGGUUUUUGUUUGCGCGCGUUUGCGGGCGCGACGACUCUGAAUAAUCACAUCCGAUCGCACAUGGGACGAAAACCUUUUGUUUGUGAGAAAUGCGGCAAAACUUUCUCCCAAGCUGGACUUUUGACUAGACACGCGAGGAGUCCGCGCGAGUGUAAAGCAAGUGUUCGUUUUUCACCAAUUAAAGUUUGAUUUCUGUUUUCAAUUAUCAGUUUACUUUGGUUAAAAUAUAUAUCGACUUUGUCAUUUUGUUACAGAAUUUGAUAACGAGAGAUAUUGAGAAACAAUUUUAAAAGCAUUAAAAGUAUCGCGAUAAAAACAUGACUUUUCGGCAACGACAUGUUACCAUUAUGCAAUGCGAAUGAACAGAAACGAUAAUGGGUAAACGUAGAAAACGAAGGUGUGAAACAAAACAUUAAAAUAUAGAGAAAAAAAGAAAAUGAAAUAACUAAGUGAAAAGUUUCGCUGCAAUGGAGUCCGUUGAGUGUUCAUGGUUGGCCUUUUUCGUUAAUUAACAGAAUGUCAUAAAUGAGGCACUCAAAUUUUCCGCGAAUCGUUUGGCGGAAUUGAUUAGGUUUUUGUUGGUUUGUUUGUUUUUUCUUUUUCAAAAAAUGUACCAAAGAGGAGGUAAUUGAUAAGUUAAUUUUCUUAAGGCUGCUAAAGUUUGCCACCUGAAAAUAAAUAAAGCUAUCAUCCUAAAUAUUUGUAAAUGUAAUGAAGGAAAGAGACCACCAUUAAAUUGAAUUAUUGCCUGAAAAAACUUUGCUAUUUUUGUUUCUUCUCUUAAAUGGUUUUAAAAAAAAAUUGUUGAAAAUGAUAUAAGAGUUUGGUUUGACACUGUUCAACAUAUUCAUGAAACCAGUCAAAAGUGUUUUAUAAGGGGAGGUGGGAGGGGGGAGUUGCUUAUUCUAAUUUAGAGACGUUUCGUGUGGGUUCUAAGACCUCAACCGAGGGGUUGGUCGAUAUACCAUUCUUAUUGAUUCUAAAGAUGACUACCGCAAAGGUUUCGAAACGGCAGACACUGUCAAGAACGGUCCUAUUUAGGACUACGCUCACUCGGACGAUCAUAUUCCAAUAUUCCACCUCCCUAUGCCGACAUUAUUCUUGAAGACGUAGCCCGCGAAAUGUCCCCAGCGGCGAAGAGCGAGGAGAAACGGCUGUUUUCGCAGGCUAUUGAAGACGCAACAGUUUUAUAAAACUGUGCAGAGAAGUGGGCGUAAGACCAAAAUGUUCUUCCAGUCUUGGUUUGGCUGUUACUUCAUGCGCGACCUCAUUAAACUUCAUAACGAUGGAAGUCCCUGUCGUUAGAUUAUUCCAAUACUUCAUUCUGAAUUUGUAAACUCCUGAUCUGCUUUUGGGUAUUUAAAAGUUAGAUAUCUGCGUGUUUUUUUGGUAACGGCGUAAAACUUUCAGUCAAGCUGCUUUUUAUUCGUUUUUCGCUGUCGGUAACCUUUAUGCCGUAAAUGAAAAAUUCUCUUCUUUGUUUCUAGUUUAUUCAUUGAAUUUUACUACGGAGUUCAUUUGUUUAGCAUUUGUAUGUGCAUGGCUCAGUGAAUCUGUAUUUUCUUUCGAAAUCACUGAAUAAGGAAGAAAAUAUUUGAUAAUUUUAGCAGAAAAACAGUUUCGCCUUUUCUUAUUGUUUGAAAUAAUGUCCUUAUUUCCAAACAUGGAGAUGGGAGCCUAUGUUUGCGAGCAAAUUUUGAGGUCAUUUAUUAAUACGUGCCGUUAUAUAUUGCUGUACUUUCUUCCACCCCCAAUCCCUUUGUUUUCUUUUCCCCAAUGACACGGAAUGAUCUUGAAAGUAAGAAUACCGUAAAAAUCAUUAAUGCUAAAGGACGCUUUGGCUUGCGUUGGUAAAUAUAGUUCGCGAAUCAAAGCCUUAUUCGCUUCAAGUGAAAGUGAAGCAUCAAACACCUUCGAGCGCAAGUGUUCAACUAUCUAUCGUGAUUGCCUUUACAGCGACUGGUCAGUUAUUCUUUUACACAUGAGCAAUCACGUCGAUCUACGCAUGACAUGACCACUAUAAUCUUAUGCGGUUCCUGACGAAGGCGCAUCAAGAAGUUCAUAUAAACAUCAGUUUGUUUCAAAGUUGAUUUUUGCAAGCCGCUUGACGUCAAAAUACUUCGAAAACGUGAAAAAUACAAAGUUUUGAUAAUCAAGGAGGUCUCAUUGUGUUGUAAAAUAACUCGGUACAGCGGCCAAGCGCAAAGUGAAUUAACAGUGAAGCUCUUUAGCUGUUUGUCUUCCAACGCAUUAUUGGUGGUAAUUCUCCGUGAAAAUAAUUCAUUUUAUUUGUCUUUAGAAGCUGUCAAUAUUGCAUAAACAGGCGUAGGCAUAAAAAGAGCCUUUCAAUAAAUUGGUUUUCAGUCGCUUUAAACUAAUCACUUAUUCGGACUUCCAGUAGAAGCGCGAGAAAGCGUGUAAAACUAGCCAAAGAACCAGCACCAGCUACAAACCAAAAAAAGUCAGCGCCAUUUAAACAUCUGUGCAGACUGAAUUCAUUCGAUGUUUGAAGUGUUGGAAAUGGAGGGCGAAAACAAGGUAAGUGUUUUAAGGUAAAGUAGUUUACUCUUGUCUGGGGUUGCUCACUUUGGCUCUCGGGCUGUGACGAAUAACGAAGAAAUUUUCCAAAAAAUGCGUCUUCUUUGCCCAGGAAGCGCGAGAAAAACACCUGUAGGUACGAAGUGUCGACUUUUUGCGCAAUUUCUGGUUAUUUAGAUAAAUUCAGUUUUUAAAAUAGUGCACAGUUUCUGAUAGAUUUUUGCAGUUCCUUCACUCACUGCGGCAGUUACGCAUCAGCGAACUGAGUUUCCUGCGAAGUUACCGCAAUCGCUGGAUUUUCAUCAAAAUAGGGCAAAUCUUCGUUAUCUCCCGUUCAAAAGCAGUUACAUCAAUUGAAAAAUCGCUUUUUGGCGUCAUUUUUACGAUCAUGCAAUAAGGGAAAUGUGUUAAAAUUGUGCGAAGAUGUUUGCGCAACUUGUUAUGCAAGGAACCCACUUCAAAGGGGGAAAAACAAAAGGACAAAAAAUGCCGUGAUUUUAUGAAAAUUUUUGGAACAUUUUCACUCGAAAGAGAGUCUCGACUGUUUUCAGAUCUUCUUCACCUUCUGGAAAGUUGGAAGGUUGUUUUCUGACGAGAAGGAAACAGAGUUAGGGGAAAAAUUCCAACAACACUUCAGGACAAUGUGUAUUCACCCUUAUUAUUUUGAAAAAGACGAUUUGGUUCACUGGUCAGGGUAAUUUAAAAGCAAAUGAGACGUUUGUGAAUAUUUAAUAUAGUCCUGUCUCACGUGGACUAUUUUGAUUUUGUUAAAGGUUUUGAUCGCUAAAGUUUAACCAGAAGAUCAAACAUUGAUUCGCUUAUUAUUCUGUCAAAGAAUGUUACAAGCAGAGUGACUUCUUCUUUUUAGUGUUUUUUUUUUGUUAGCGUGCGUUUAAUUGUAUCGUGCACAGCAAGAAUUUGAUUUGAUAUUAAACCCGACAAAACAGUAUUUCAACGUCAAUACGCGCCUUCUCCAUCUUCUCGGAUAGUAAAGUACCUCUCUAUCGAUAUAACAAGAGAGACAGCGCGCCAAAUCAGGCCAAACACACAAGGCAGAAUUUUUCCGCGUUUCGCGCGCGCUAAGUACCGUGCGCGGACGUUCAUGUAUAUUCUAACCACAUGAAAUUUAUAUUUUAUCAGGUACUGCAAGUCGAAAAUCCUGUCUUUGAGAAUCUGUUUAAGAGUAGUGGGCUCCAUGAACCAGCUGCUAAGAGGGCCAAAGUGGCCUCACCUCUACAAGUGAUACCCACGCAGUCUCCUAAACAAAGUUUUGCUGCUGAUGACAUACAGCAAUGCCUUUUUACGAGGACAAAUGUUCGUCCAGUGAACAUGCAACAGUUGCUUGCCAAAAGACAGGACAAUACUUGUUUCUGUAAGUAAGAAGUUUAUCAGUUGAUUGAUAUAAUUGUAUUUCUUAAAGCAUUGUUAAACACAAGUGUUUUCUUCCUGGCCUGGUCUCUGUUCAAAAUUAUCCCCUUUAUUUCAAUGAAUAAUUUGGUCAACAACGAAUAUCACACAAGACGCAGUGUAGUCAACAAGUGCUUCGUCUCAAAAGAAAUGUUUGUGUAAAUACAUAAUGUAGUUAAUAGACCCUCCCACGAUUUUUUUUUCAAAUUUCGACAUGGACAUCUAGGGAAAAUCUGUCGACACCACUAAAAAGAACGCCUUAAAAUUAGUAAAACACUUUCAAAUGUGA